AUGGCCCUCCGCCGCUCCUCCCGACUGAGCGCAGUGCUCCCCCUCAAACCAACCAUCCAAGCACCGCAACCCAGCAACGGAAUCACAAAAGCUCGGAAACCAUCAACGAAGGAAAAGAAGAAGAAGACACAAACAAUCACGAAUAUAACCUCGCAUCCCCAAUCUGUCCCAGAAUCAGACGAUGCCUCCGACAAACCCAACCCAACAACCACCGCACCCCCGCUCAAUCCCGUCAGCAACAACAAUAGCACCACCCCCAGCACGAGUACAAACUACUGGGACAGUCCAGCAACAACAGCAACAACAUCGAACACAACUCCAACCUCCAACUCACGCCCUCAAACCCCUCCCCCACUCAACCGCCCCGUCGAACCGCACCGAACAAACGCAACCCUCCUAACCCCCCACGGCUCCUCCCUCGUCACCUACCCACCAGGAACAGCAGACAUCUCGCCCUCGAAAUCCGGCCUACCCCGCCCCACCGCAACAACCGGCACGCUGCUCGAGCAGGCAAUCGCACACCUAAUAGCCACAGACGCCCGUCUGGAACCGCUCAUCAAAGCGCACCACUGCGCGCUAUUCUCGCCCGAGGGCCUGGCCGAGAAAAUCGACCCCUUCCGCAGCCUCGUCGGCACGAUAAUCGGGCAGCAGGUUUCCGGUGCGGCGGCGAGGUCGAUCCGUGAGAAAUUUGUGGCGCUGUUGUUUGGGCUGAAUCACGCGGGAAAGAGCCGCGCGGAGGAUUACUUCCCUACGCCGGAGGAGAUUGUCAAGUGCGACAUUGCUACGUUACGGACCGCGGGAUUGUCGCAGCGCAAGGCGGAGUAUAUCCAGGGGCUUGCGGAGAAGUUUGCGAGUGGCGAGUUGAGUGCGCGGAUGCUGCUGAAUGCUAGUGACGAGGACCUGUUGGAGAAAUUGACUGCGGUGAGGGGGUUGGGGAGAUGGUCUGUGGAGAUGUUUGCUUGUUUUACGCUUAAGCGAACGGAUGUGUUUUCGACGGGGGAUUUGGGUGUUCAGAGGGGCUGUGCUGCUUUCUUAGGUAAAGAUGUGAGUAAACUCAAGGCAAAGGGCGGUAAGUUCAAGUACAUGUCGGAGAAUGACAUGUUAGAGCUGGCGGCCAAGUUCUCACCGUAUAGAACCCUCUUUAUGUGGUAUAUGUGGCGUGUAGAGGAAGUUGACGUAAGUGUCAUGACUGGUUGA